AUGUAUAUUGUAGAACUGACUUCUGAAAACCACAGUUUGUUUAUCAAAGAUACGGAGGAACUUUGGAAAUGUCUGGAAAUAGUCGUAGGCACAGAAGAUGAAGUUCAAAUGCGGAGAGACGUUAUGGAAGUGUAUCAGGAAGUGAAAAGCGUCGCAUACCAUACUCGGGAUUAUAUUUCUGGAAGUAACAGUGAAGGGUUCAAUUUUUUCUGGAGUGAUCUUGAUGUAUUGUUUUCAUGCUUAAAUCUGAAUGUUGUCAUACAUUGCAAAGGGUGCCCAAAUACAAAAUGUGCAUUCAUAGCGAUUGAUGCAGACUGCCAACCAGGCUUCUGCAAGCUGCUACCAUAUUUGUACUAUUCUUCAAAAACCGUCAAUGAGAGUGUGUGUUUUUCUAGAAUUCGAUAUUUGAGCGUGAGAGUGAAAAAUGUAAUAAAUAAAAACUUUGAUGCAAGAAAUGAUGGGCCAUGUAUUACAACGAAUUACCCAACAGGAUUCGACAUGUGUCAUGCUCUCCCGAUCGAUCCGAUUUCUUCAAAUCAAUUCUUAAGACGUUUUCGGACGAAAUUUUGGAACAACGUUAAAUCAGAAGUUCUAGAGAAAAAUAUCUCUGUCAUGCAUAUGGUUGCCAAAGGUCCUCCUGAAGGUGACAUCAAGGGUAUUCAAUGGCUCAAGUCUUUUUCAGUCCUUGAACAACAUAUCGUUCAUUCACUAAAUCACGUGCAAUUUUGUUGCUAUGGAUUAUUAAAAAUUCUAAUAUAUUUUGAAAUUAAUAUAUGCGACGAAACUCACGAUACACUUUGCUCUUACCAUUUGAAGACAGUUCUGUUCCAUGUAUUGGAAGAUAUCCACUCUGACUUUUGGAUUCCAAGCAAUAUUUUUCACUGCCUUUGGAUUUGUUUAACACGACUUCUGUUAUUUCUCAAAAAAGGAGUGUGUCCCAAUUAUUUUAUUCCUGAAUGUAAUCUUUUUCUAAAGAAAAGAGUUGUAGAGAAAAAGUGCAAAAUUGAGGAGAAACUCUUGCAAAUCCUCCAAUCUGGAGCCUAUGGUGUGUUGUGUUACUUGGAAUUCCUGUCUGUAACAAAUCCUACAACAUUACAGCAAAACGCACCAACAACUCUCAGAAAAUUGCUUGCACUGUCGUCUGCGUUAUUACACGUGAAGGGACACCACACAACGUACCAUGAAUGCAUGCUGUCCGUUUUGAAAGUCAUUCAUCUUUUAGCGAAUGAGAGGGACAAUAUAAAAAUCGCGGUGCUUCAUUACCUUUUCUCUCUUUUGAUGAGAAGAGCAGGGGUUAUACUGUAUGGUAAAUACUUACUCUAUGGUUUUACAGAGUGUUUACUGACCGCAGAAGCAGCAUUUAUUUUGGCACGUCAUUCCGAUGCAUCCGGAGCUCUUUAUUUAGCUACAUUAUGGUACUGUCAAGGAAAAUUUAAACAUGCGAUAAAGCUCCUAGCAGCCGUUCUCAAGAAACUACCUGCCACAAGCUUUUUAAAUGGACAUGUAUUUUAUACAACGUCUCUACUAUCCGAUGUAAGCAAACCGUCUUGUAGUUUUACAGACCUAAUGCGAAGCUAUUAUUCCCGCGGGGUGGAAUUGGAUAGAGGUGGUAGUUUUUUCCCAAAGGUACUCGAGAACGAUGUCCGUAACUCUAUAGUUCCUGAAUUCACAAUGUAUGAUAAAUCAUACACGUUAUUCUUAAUGUUUCUUUGUUAUCGGGAGGUACAGCAGAAAGAAAAAUGUAUUACAUCUCUUUCCAAACUGAAUAAGUCGUACACAGAUUGGCGUUUUAAUUGUCUUCAUGGUCAAAUACAACAUAAUUCAAAACUCUUGGGAAUCAUUGCCGAGAGCAAGAUGGCGGAACUAAUUUAACGUGUUGAAAUGGUGAUUAUUUGUGAACGAUAUGAAAUUUAACGUGCUUUUCACACCUCUAAACCUGUUACAUUCACCAUUCCUAUGAAUUUUCUUAUUCUUUAUUCAGAUAAUAGCAACAUAUAAAAUGAUGACAUAACAUGCUCGUCACAGAUUGUAUCAUAUCAAAUGUAUCUCAAUUUGUAUAACAGAUGGUACAUGUAUCGUGUUUUAUCAUCACAACUUUAUAUCUUAGUUUGUAUCACAGAUGGUAUUACAUAAUUGCAUAUUUUAAAUACAAUGAAUGACAAUAAAACUUAUAAUGAAUUACUGUAUAUAUAUUCUGGAAAUGAUCAUUUUAUGAUCGAUUUAAAUUAUUACCUGGGAUAAUAUAUAACAGCCAAUUAAAGGUAUCACAUCGGUAAUUCUCCAAUCAAAAUGAACUUAAUAGUCAAUUGAACUCAGUACCUGUAGCAGCCAAUUUCGACAUUUAAAUUUUUGCGCCAAUCUGUACGUUAUCUGCUGUUACGUCAUAGUUUCAAGGGUACAUAUAUUUUUGUGUAUGCACGAGCUCGCUGAGAAGAAUGUGGGUAUGUUCCUGUUUCGCUGGACAUUGUGCUGAACUGCUGUUUCCUAGAGAAACUACUUAUUCGGCAAGACAAUGAUGAACACUAGCACAUUCCAUAGAUUUGUUUGAAAACAUGUAUCAUUUGAACUGAUACAGUGUAUAAAGUAUAUUCUCUGAGUAAACACAUGUGUACGUAGUUCAUGUCCCGAAUAUUUAUGCAAACUAUGUUUACAGAAUAACAGUAUUGUGCAAUAUAAUUCAAUGAUAGUACAUUUGUAUAAAGAUAUAUAUGACAUAUAGUAAGACCAUGUGUAGAUUAUAUUUGCUCAUAAGGUGCAAACUAGUUGCACUCAAACUUUUUGUAACUUCAGGGGCAAUAACGCUGUUUUGUUGUGCACUACAGAUGUUCUUUAUAUUUAUUGUAAUUUAUAUCGGAGUACUAUUUGUUUGGUGCAGUCUGUUAUAAACAGCAAUUUUCUGUGUUGAAAUCAGUUUUGGGAUAGUUUGAAUUAUUAUUAUACAUGAUCGUAUGUGUUGUCAGUAUCAAUUCACUGUUUACAAUUAUUGUUUUGUUUUAUUACAGUAUAUCGUAUGAAGUUGAGGAAGUCACAUGAUGCCAAUCAUUGACUUAAUAAAAAAAUUCCAGGCAUACGCA